CUGUUGCUAGGAGACCCCUAGCUCUCUUUUCUCCAGCCCUGCUGAUGCCCACGUGUAUUCAGGCUCAGUAUAAAUCUGAUGCAAACUUGCCUCACAGUGGAUGCAGCUCAGAAAGCUCCGUUUUUCACAAAGAAGAGAAGAGCAGCCCAUUCAGAAGUUCACAAUUAUUCAGAUAAGCCAUUUUGCCCACCGUGUUGCCAUACAUCCUAAGGGAAGAACCUAGCAAAAUAAAAACUUUAGGAGCCACCAUGUUCUCCAGCGAGGUGUGGAACUCUUCAGAGAUGCUGCUGAAUGAUUCUGCAAGGAACUUGUCAUUGGAGGAGGUGGAAGAAGGCGAGCACCCUUUCCUGACAGAUGCCUGGCUGGUGCCACUCUUCUUCUCGCUCAUCAUGCUAGUGGGACUCGUAGGGAACUCACUGGUCAUCUAUGUAAUCUCAAAGCACAGGCAGAUGAGGACCGCCACCAAUUUCUACAUCGCUAACCUGGCUGCCACAGACAUCAUCUUCCUGGUGUGUUGUGUGCCAUUCACGGCUACCCUCUACCCUCUCCCUGGGUGGAUCUUCGGUGACUUCAUGUGCAAAUUUGUUGCUUUUCUUCAGCAGGUGACAGUCCAGGCCACGUGCAUCACAUUGACAGCAAUGAGUGGGGAUCGUUGCUACGUGACUGUGUACCCCUUGAAAUCACUACGUCAUCGCACUCCACGAGUUGCCAUGAUUGUAAGCAUCUGCAUCUGGAUUGGCUCUUUCAUUCUGUCCACCCCAAUUUUAAUGUAUCAAAGGCUUGAGGAUGGCUACUGGUAUGGGCCAAGACAGUACUGCAUGGAACGCUUUCCCUCGAAGACACAUGAAAGAGCCUUCAUACUGUACCAGUUCAUAGCUGUCUACCUGCUGCCUGUUCUAACCAUCUCCUUCUGCUAUUCCUUUAUGUUGAAGAGGGUGGGCCAGCCAACCGUGGAGCCCGUUGAUAAUAACCAUCAGGUGCAUCUGCUCUCUGAGAGAACCAUUUCCAUCAGGAGUAAGGUUUCCAAAAUGGUGGUAGUCAUCGUAGUGCUCUUCACUAUCUGCUGGGGUCCCAUUCAGAUCUUUGUCCUCUUUCAGUCUUUCUACCCCAACUUUAAGGUCAAUUAUGCCACAUAUAAGAUCAAGACAUGGGCCAACUGCAUGUCAUAUGCCAACUCGUCUAUCAAUCCCAUCGUGUAUGGCUUCAUGGGUGCCAGCUUCCGAAAGUCCUUCAGGAAGACUUUCCCCUUCUUCUUCAGACAUGCAGUGAGGGACAGCAGUGUAACCUCUCGUACAGCCAAUGCAGAAAUCAAAUUUGUUGCAAAAGAUGAGAGCAAUACGGAAAGGAAAUGAGCAGCAGGCAGGCAAGAGAAUUAGCACCUUCAUCUGCACAUAGACAAAUGCCUAAUUGCUGGCACAUCCUGCACCAAAACAAACUGACUUUGGAAAUUAAACGAUUUGUUCAGGGAGCUUCGGUGUGCAUAAUAAAGAGAUGGAUGUACAAUGACAUGGAAAAGCACAUUUGCAUGUUAAUUCCUGGAUGCUUACUUAACCGUUAAUAAGUAUAACACAUGACCAAUAUGAAAUGAGAAUGAGAUGAAAUGAGAUUUAAUACUACAUGUAAGUUCAGAGAAACAGUGGAUGCUGGCCGUAAAAUGAAUGGGAUGUAAAUCAGAGAGGUCAACGUCUUUGCCAGAUGAAUGGAUGUUCUGCCAACAGCGAUAUGCACGAACCUGCCAGAGAGGAUGUUAACUGAAUGAUCCAUGGAGACUCAUGACUCAUUGAUUGAGGUGGAGAUAUAGGUUGGUCCUGCACCUCCCUGUGAACACACACACUGCUGCCUAGCAAACCCUGUACAUUUUUAUCUUAAUGGGUGUUACUGAUGUUCUCAGUUUACCUCCUGACUCAGCCGAGAGUGUUCUUACUUUGACAGCAAGUCUAAACACAUUUCAGAACAUACUGUAUUGUUACCAAUUACAGCUUGGGUUGGCAAUGCUUGUACCCUGUACAGUUAGUAAAGCUGUUCAAUUGUUUUGCUGAUGGACACACAGCCUAAUCAGAGAAGGGUCAAUGGUGUAUAAAUGUUCUUGUGAGAUGAGCCUUCUGUGACCUUCUGGCUCAAGAAGAAAUACUGUCUUUUUUUUAUAACAUUGCGAUUUUGCCAGAUGCUUCUGAUCAACUGAAUAGAUUUUCCAUCACCAUGAUAUAAAGACAGUAAUAAACAUAAAAUAAUAUAAGACUGACGUGUAACUUUAUGAAUAUUGAAUGGAUGGGAUUAUUGUAUGUAUGUAUGUAUGUAUGUAUGUAUGUAUGUAUAGAGCCCUCCAAAAUUAUUGGUACCCUUCAUAACAAUGAGCAAAAAUAAAUAUAUAAAAAGAAUAACACAUGCAAUUAGUAAUAUUUUGAGCUCAAUCAUACAAGGGCAUUUAAACCUUUUUUUCCCAAACCCCCCCAAAAGCAGCUUUUAUUAAGUAGUGCAUUCUUCUACAAAACAUUGCUUUUAAAAUAUUAUGCAUGCUUACAAUUAAUAUUUCUCUCCUGCCCUGAAGAGAACAGCACUGAGCCUCUUUCUGUCAUUUUUUUAAGGUUGGAGACACUUUUACAGGGCUCUUGGUCUAAUCCUCCAUGCAACAUUUUAAGCUCCUUUAUAUUCCUGGGUUUGUUCAUAUGGUCUCUGCUCUUCAAUUCCAACACCACAGGUUUUCAAAAAGGUUCAAAUCUGGAGACUGAGACAGUUAAAUAACAGGCUGAUGUUGUGUUUCUUUAACCAUAUCAGUGCUGAUUUAGAAGUAUGUUUUCAUCAUUUUGUUGAAAGCUCUAUAUAUGGCCAGCUCUGCCAGCAGGUUUUGGGCUGAAAUAUCCUGGUACUUAGCAAAGGUCAUGGUGCCAUUAAUGUUCACAAGAGCCCCUAAAGCACCUGCUACAAAACAGCCCCAAAGCAUCCCUGAACAACCCACAUAUUUUCCACUGAGCUAUCAGGUGCUUUUCCUUGUAUGCAGUCCUGUUUUUUUCACCACACAUGCCAAAGAUGCACGUGACCAGAAAGAUUUCCAGCGCAUCACACAAUGCCAUUUGUAUUUCUAAUGAAGCUUGCUGAAGUUCAGAUGUUGCAUUUCGUGAUACUCUAACGUAGGGCUUCUUUAUUGCAAUGCUUUCCAACAGCUCGUUGUUAUGAAAGUGGUGUUUAACAGUUGAUUUUGAAACUUUCGAAUUAAAAUCAAACUGUGCAAUUCUAAAGCUGUGAUCUCUGGGGGUCUUUUUCCCUCCUUUCCCAUCCUUUUCACCGUGUAGGGAAACGGUGCAUGAGCACAUAUGUCUAAUUUCCAUGUGAAACUUUUUGUAUGGCCCUAAUUGUGCUGAAUGCUAUUUUUAACUGCUUAUGGGUUUUUUUAUGUCAGUUUGUGAUUUGUGCAGGUCAGCAUCCAAUUUGUUUGCAUUUAUUUUAAAUGUUCCUUAGGGAUGUCAAUAAAUUUGUGAAAGAAAAUAUAAUUAUUUUAAAAAACAGUUCUAAUGUAAUCAUUUUGUAUAUGUAUAUGUAUAUGUACAAGUGAUAUGUUGUCUUUCUUUAUAGCAAAACAAAGCAGACCUUCUUAGCGUUAGCAUCAGUGCAAUGUAUUUGUAAAACGAUAUAUACAGUAUGUACAUCUAAAAGCUCCCCUCUACUCAUUCUUUCUCCUUUUCACCUUGAAAGACUCAUCUAUAAUUUAUGUAGCACAGCUUUAUCGUUGGCCUUUGCAGUUUUAGAUAUGCCUCAUGAAUAUAUUCGAUUUUAUCAAUCUGAAUUCUUUCUUUUUUUAUUUCUCUUGUUUUCUUUUCUU